AUAACAUUUAAUCACAAACAAGUCAAUAUUGUGAUAAGACACGAUUGAAUAAUUAAUAAUCGAGUUGCAAUCCUCCUUUAAACCACUGUGGCAGUGAAACUAAUUUUCGCAAAUAAUAAAAACUAAACAUGGAAGCAUUUUUAAUAAUCAUUCUUAUUUCUCUAAUAGUAAACUUCUUCUUCGUGUUCGGUGCGAUACUCUACACCCUACUCAGGAAUGAAAAGGAGCCCAGCGUGGACCCAAGAGUUUCCACGACCCAUUCAACAACGGCAUCAAUUCACUGGCAAGACGCCUCGCGCCGCCACAGCAGUCAUCCCCAAGUGAUGCUGUACCACACCUUCGUUCGCCUGAGCAUUGCCUCUGACCACCACCGCCCGCAGAAGAACUCAUUCUGGCAAAAAUUUAAAUGUGGCAGUUCUAAUAAAGUCGCGGUAGCGCAGUGAAGAAACGUGGCAUUCUUUGUUUACUAUGUACUCGUACUUAGAUUGACAAUGUUUGGCUCA